UUAACUUAAUUAGAUAAUUACCUAGAGAAUAAUUUAUGCACUAGGACUUAAUAAUUUUGUUUGUUAAGUGGAGUGUCUUCUUAUUUGUUAGUGAAUGAGAGUGAUAUUUAAAUUAUUGAUUUAUUUUUCAUUUUAUGAAGCCGUACAAAUAUGGUCAGGGUAUAGUUUUGUAAUCCCAUAUUCUAUUCACUCCAGUUAAAACAUCUUUCAGACAUGGCCGCCGGUUCUCAGUUCAGCUCCAUUGACGAAUAUGGAUUCAUACGGUCAAAAAGUUUCGACUUGAGCGGGCAAGAGGAGUUCAUGAAAUCCUAUCUCCGUAUAUUGAGCUCCCGGGCUCAGAAAUGGGAUAAAAUCGUGAAACGAGGUUAUGAUAAAAUGGAACGUGGGAUCAGGCUAAAGAGAUAUAUCAGGAAAGGUAUCCCGAGCUCUCAUAGAAGAGGAGUCUGGAUGGAGAUAAGCGGAGCUGGUAAAAUGAAAAAAGAAGAACCUGAUCUAUUUUCUACAAUGCUCAAUUUACCGACCAACCGUGUAGUGUUGGACCAAAUCGUGACCGAUAUGCCUAGAACGUUCCCGAACAACGUAAACUUCGACAGUACUAAUCCUAACUCAAUGCAGAAACCUCUCUUGAACGUUUUAACAGCAUUUGCUAACUCAAAUCCUAGUAUUGGUUACUGCCAAGGAUUAAACUACAUCGCUGGAUUACUUCUUUUAGCAACACGUGACCAAGACUCCUCGUUUUGGCUGCUGAAAGCUCUCGCUGAAAAGAUUCUACCGGAUUACUAUUCUCCGUCUAUGCCGGGUCUAACUACUGAUUUCAAGGUUUUAGCAGAGAUCUCACGUAAAGAUAUCCCGCUACUUGCGCGACAUAUCGACGGUUUACAGAUGCCCUGGGCGCUAAUUUGUUCCAAAUGGUUUAUUUGUCUCUACGCUGAAGUUUUACCGACCGAGACUGUUCUACGAGUCUGGGAUUGCUUGUUUGCUGAAGGCUCAAAAGUCCUGUUCCGGGUUGCUCUAACUAUCUUGAAAAUCCACGAAAAAGAAUUCUUGGAAAAGAGAGAUUUCGCGGAUUUAAUAGAGGAAUUCAAACGGUUUCUUAAUUCGCAAGAGGUUCUGAACUGUCACAGUUUUCUCGAGAAGGUUUAUCAGAAUUCAACAAGCUUGACCCGAAGUAAAUUGGCCAAACUUAGGGUAGAAUAUGGAAACCAAACUAGAGUCGAACAAUUAGAACGGGAUAAAAGACGGAGAGAAAUUAAUAACUAGUGAUAUUAAGAACUAAACAUUAGUAAAAUGGAUUUUAAAACAAAUUUGUUGUACCAAAGAAUACUGUGAUAUUGACUGUUAAGUCUCCUAGUCUGUUUACUUAAUUCUAAAUAGUUUUUUAAUUAGCUUUAAUCGAAAUCUUGAUUCCUUUUUUUGUUAUUUUUACAUUGAUACUCGUAUAUAUAUAUCAGGGUAUACACAUUUCAUACUCAAUUAAU